ACGGAAUAAUGAUAAUAAUGAUCAAGAUGGCUACUACAGAAGCCUUCUUUCUGUAGCUAAACACGGAUUACAUGGGGUCACUCAAAACUGCAGUUUAGAACUUUUAAAGUCCUUCGUAGGCGUCGGGGGCUACGCCGGGUACAAGACUAUAUGGAUUUAUCACGGAAUGUGCCGAAAUAUUAGUAACUGUGUCGCCUGGAGCAGUUAUUCAACGGAAGCUAGCUAGUAUAGUAACCAGCUAGCGGUGUAACUGGCGACUCCGGCGUUAGCUGACCAACCGCGGGGGGAGCCUGGCUCUAUUUCGCACGUCCGGUUUGUGAACAAAUGGCAGAACCGAGGAAAGUUCCCUUCGUCACCCUCUCGUCGUUCAACACAUCCACUCCGUCGACCCCGGAGUUGAGCAAGAAACGCCGUCGCGAAGAUGAGGCCAUGACUUUGGGCAGAGACGCUGGUGGAAGUGCGGUCGGGUCAGAAGGUAGCGGAGGUCUGUUCGGGACUUCGCAAGGUGAUGCCGCCGAGCCCGAGGAGGCGAAACCCACCGUCCGGCUCGACCUCUCUCUCUCCGAGCCAAGUGAACGCGGUUCUGCCGAAUUCAACUACAGUGAGCUGGUGUUCCCGACGCCUUCACGUCCUUCUCAGGUACAACUUGCAGCAGCUUCAACUACCCCUAAAGGACUCACACCCUGCCUGGACCCCAACGACCCACUUGCUGAUGAUGAGAGGGAAAGACGGGAGGUUGAAGAGUUGGCUAAGAGAUUUGAAAACAAAUAUGGUGGCGUUUCCAAGAAGAAGAAAAAAGACAGGAUGCAGGAUCUCAUUGAUAUUGGUUACGGGUAUGACGAGACUGACCCCUUCAUUGACAAUUCCGAAGCUUAUGAUGAGCUGGUUCCGGCCUCUCUGACAACCAAACACGGAGGCUUUUACAUCAACACAGGAACUCUGCAGUUCCGAGCCGCGUCUGACUCCGAAGCAGACGAUACAGAGAAUAAUCACGUCAAGGUAAAAGAUGGAGCUGAGCGGGUGAUUAAAAAGCGGAGGAAAAAGCAAGAUGGUGCAGUUUUGGAGGAGAAGAAACCUAGGAAAAAUAAAGUACCAAAGCCAGGAGUGUCAUCCUUGAAUCGUCCAGAAAAGAAGAAGCGGAAGAAGCUUAUGAAAGAUUCCCUCCAUCUGGCCAACAUGUUGCGCCGCUUCACCAGGGAGAAGGAAGAGAUGCGAAAGAGGAACAUAGCUGGUGCCAGUUUGCCGCGACCCCAAGCCAAAACGCCCGGUGCUAACACUUCGGUCGUCAUCAGCCAAGCCAAGGUCGCCGGCGGCAACGACUGCAACAUGGCGGAUUUGACAUCCGACCCCGCCGUGAUAUCACUGCUGGGGUCGGCCAACAAUGACGUGUUGCACGACAUGAUGGGCGAUCUGGACUUUGGGAUGCUGGACUCUCCGCAGUCCUCCAGUCCUACUCAGGGGGAGAACGGCUCGUUUGGCGUGGCCCAGAAGGCAGGGGCAGGCCGUAUGUUGCAGGCUAGUAUGAUGAGUCCUCCAUCACUGCCCACUGGUCUCCCAGGCCCUCUCUUGAAGCGCAUCGAAGACCUCAGAGCGGCAUCUCGUCAGUUUGACAAAGAGGGCCGCAAAAAGUUCUUCACCAUGGACAUGAAUAAUAUCCUACUGGAUAUUGAUUUACAGGUUCAGGAGCAACCAGCAGAUGUUCGUUCAGCUGUCUACUCUCACUUGGAGGCCUUUGUCCCGUGUAAUAAAGAAGGUCUGCUCAAGCGCCUUAAGAAAUUGAGCCUUAACAUACAGGACGGCAGACUCCGCACACCACUCCUCAAGCUGAAGCUGGCGGUGUGCAGCGUGAUGCCAGAGCAAAUUGCUCGAUACAACAUGGACUGUAUUGCAAAAGUGGCAAAACAACAGUCCGAGGAGGGAGAGAAAAAUGCUUCCGAGGACGAGGAUGAAGAGAAGCCAGGCAAGAGGGUGAUGGGGCCUCGGAAGAAGUUUGUCUGGGACGACAAACUCAGGUCGUUGCUAUGCAACUUGGUACGAGUAAAGCUGAGCUGCUAUGAGCUGGAGGGCAAGACCACGUCUCCUGAAGAUUACCUCAAAGCCUUCAUGGAGACAGAGGUGAAACCUCUUUGGCCAAAAGGUUGGAUGCAGAGCAGGAUCCUGUUAAAAGAGAGCAUCGUGGCUCAUGGUCACCUCACCGGCUACUCAGCCAAGAAAAAGAUGAUCAACACACCAAAAGUCAAGCCAAAGGAGGCGGCGUGGGUUCAGCGGACCACACCCUCAGCAGGUGUCGCUCCAUCCCCCGUCAGCCAGGUUGCUAAGCGACCGUCUCAGUCGCCGGCUGAGCCCAUAUGCCUGGAUUCCCUCGACGACGAUCUGACGGUUCCCUCCUUGGAUUCCAUCUCCCAAGCGCUUAUGAUCCUUGGCAAUGCCGCCAAGGGCCUGGCGCAAGGGGGCAGUCCUCCCUCCCCGGAUAGAACUAAGAGCGUCGCCGCCGCCGCAGCCCCUCAUGUCUCUGCGCUCCUCCAGCAGCAUCAGCAGAAAAAGCACUCAGUCAGCACUUCCGGCGCCAGCAACCCCCGCUACACGUUCAGCUCUUCGUCUCCCUCCGUCCCUUCCUCUCGGCCGUCCUCGGUCACUUUCUCGCCCGUGUCGUCGGUCAGGGUGGACGCUAUGGGCAAUGUGAAGGGCCCGGGUCAGGUGCACAGACACUCAGUGUUGAACACUCAGAGACCCGUGGGUGUCGCCGUGCCUAAGGUCAACGCUCCUGCUUCAUCUGCUAAACCCCGCCCCCCACCCACCGCGUCAACCCUCGCGCCUCCGGGAUCAAAGAUGGGGGUCUCCGCACCCACUUCAGGCCUCAUCAAAUGCAGCAAUAAUAAAGGCGUCAACAGUAGCGAGCCCAUCAUCGUUACGCCACCUCCCUCUCGACAACCGACGAGCCAUCCGUCGCCGGCGCAUAUGAACCCCAAAAGCUUCCUGGCGACACGGCUGCCCCACAGCCCCCAGAGCAAAGUAUCUCCCACCACCCCAUCCCACAUGGGCAUUCAAACUACGCAGCAGUCAAACUUCAUCACCCCGAUGCACGCCACUCUCACAAAAUCCAGUCACAGCAGCAUCACGCCAGUGGUCAAACUCACACCUCGCACCGUCAACUUGGCCGUCACCACCUCCCCUCGCACCCACGGCUCGUCCAUCACCACCCCGUCUCGCAGCCUCAACUCUGUCGUCCCCACCCACGUCAUGCACACCCAGUCUCGCACCCUCAACACGGUCGUCACCACCUCAGGCUCAUCCGUCCCCUCCCCAAUUUCCAGGUCUCAGGUGACACCCCCCAUGCAACAGUUCUCCUCCAAAAGUCCCACAGGGUUCCGCUCGCCGUACUCAGGUGCCCAGGCCGGAACAGUCAAGGUGGGCCCAGGUGGUUACGCUUCCCCGAGCAACCAGAAGAACCCAGUCAGCAGCAGCAGCACAGCCAACAGUAGCCUUACUAACUCGCCAUCCAUAAGCAAACAUUCAGGAACCGCCACCCCUCCCACGACGCUCUCCGCCAACUCGGGCCAGCGCCAGAGGUCCACAGGAGUGACGAUGUCUCAGGGGGUCAAACCGGUGACGUCGGUCCCGUUGUCAACGGCCUCUCCUCAGUUGCCUCAGGUGUCAUCAGCAGGGGGCAGCAGUCUGCUGGGCUCCACCCCGUCUCUCCCUCUGGGCUUCGGGAUGCUGGGCGGUCUGGUUCCCGUCUCGCUUCCUUUCCAGUUCCCGCCGCUGCUCAACCUGCCCCAGUUGGGUGCCGCCGGCUCCAGCAUACCACCCACCAGCUCUGCGGCCAGUAGCAAUGCUUCCUUCUCUACCUUGACUCAAAAUCUGUAUAAGAGUCUCCAGUCGGGCUCUCAGGUUGCUCUGCCUCCUCACUUGCAGCUCGCUUUCUCAGAUGUCAGCCAAAGCCAAGGCGGAGACAACAAGAGGAAGACUCUAUGAUAGUGGCUGGACUUGGUGCCAGAUGGAGCAGACCACUUUUCAUAUGUUCUGCUUUUCAGGAAUGGAAAACGUUUUGAUAACUUUUAUAUCUUUUACAGCUAAACAAAACGGCAACUACAAUUUGUCGAAGUUUACAAGAGACCUUAUAUCACUGUGGACAGAGAGAAAACAUGCAUGUACGGUAUGUAUGUGUGUGUGUCCGCCAGUGUGUAUAUGACGAGACAUGAUCGACGGGGUGCCUUUGUAUGUUUCCCUCCCUAAUGCAUGGUCAGUGACUACAUGGUGCUCUUUUUAAACCGGAGGUGCAACGGUACAUGGCAAAAAUAUUUAUUUAGCACUAUACCAGUUACAGCACAGUUGGAAGUUUUGUAUUUUCCUUUCAAAGUGUCAAAAUCAUUAUUAAUCAGCUGAAAAGCAAAAUAAAGGAAUAUUUCAAUAGAACCCAUGGAACAUACUGUGGGUUAUCUGUACCGUUGCACCCCUAUUUUAGACAAUGACAUUUUUGCUGACAUUUGUAAGAAAUGUAAAAUGCGGAGCUUUCCUCCGACCCAAGCUGAACAUGUUUUCUCUAUUUUACUUGAAUUCUUCAGAGUUACAUUCUGUACAGUACUGAAACCUUUUAAUUAAAAAUCUUACCUUCA